AGAUCUAAACGUACGCUCGCAACUCGCCGUCAUGAAGGCUCUGGUUCUGGCGCUGGUGUUAGUUUCGUCCGCUGCUGCACAGGUCGAUCCCAGAGGAGCGCGGCCGGUCGUUCCAAACACCAGAUCGGAAAAAUGCGCCACACAAAAAGAAUGGCCCUUCUGCACCGACGAUGAAUGGGGUUCCAAGUGUCCCUCAGGCUGCAGGAUCCAUGGUUUGAUGGAGCACUAUGAUCACGGCUUCUUAAAAAGAAUCGAGAAGAUCCGAGGACUCCUGGACCAGAACAAAGCCAAGCACCGCUCGACUGACCAGGUCACCAAGCAGACCUUUGACUUCCUGCGCGAGAAGCUCAUCGUCUCCUCAGGUAGCGACAACAACUACCUGGACAUGGCGCAGACUUUGAGGCAGAGAAUCACAGAGAUGAAAAUCAAGAUCGACCAACAGCUGCAGGUCCUGGCGGCUCUGAAGGAGAAUGUGAAGGACCAGGUGAACGACAUGCUGAAACUGGAGGUGGACAUCGAUAUGAAGCUGCGCACAUGUAAAGGCUCUUGUAAGACCUACAACACGUAUGAGGUGGACCACCAGGGACAUGUGGCUCUGGAGAAACAGAUGAACCAGUUGGACACGCUGACCAAUCCGAACGAGUUUGUGGGAACGCUCCACGUGAUGAAGAGCCGCCCGCUGAAGGACGCCGUGGUCGACAGCAUUUACAAGUCCAAGGAUCCACAGACCGCUCAGCAGACCACAGAGGACCUGUUUCCAGAGGUGAAAACUGUGCAGCUGUUCUUGGAGCCGGAGGGUUCCCAGUCCUCUCCCGCCACCAUCUCCAAAGUCUCAGGUACUUCCCUCCCUCAAGGCACCCAUGGGUCUUUAUUCCCCUCUAAGCAGGGAGGAGGCGGCGACCCCUUCGAUCUGGGAGGAGGAGGUUUUGAGUCGCUCGGCCAGCCCGACGGCAGCAUCUCCUGCACUAAACGUGUCCGCACCGUCGUCGUGGAUUCGGGCAGCGGGCCUGUGGAGAAAAAGGAAGAAUAUAUAGAAGGUGGUCCGGAGUGCGAGGCGGCGUUCAGUAAAGGCGGCGCGGGGGCGUUCACCUCCGGCACCAAAACGGUUCACUACACGUCCAGCUCGAAGGGAAGUUUGAGCGACACCAAAACGUCCUUCACAGACCCGUUCGGUGGAGACGCGGGGCUGGAUCUCGGGGCAUUUAUGACGGACAAUACAGAAGACGACAUUCCCGAUUUCCAGGCCCGGAGUGUGAAGAGCAUACGGGUCGAGCGCCAAGCCGACUACGUGGGCAAAGAUUGCGUGGCGGCCCAUCAGUUCCACCUGCACGGAGAAUCAAAUGGACUCUUUAAGAUCCAACCGGCAGCCACAGCUCCUGCAGUGACCGUUUACUGCCAGCAGGAGGGGCUCAUGGGCGGCUGGCUUUUAGCGCAACAACGCGAAACCGGCGCGCUUAGCUUCAACCGUACUUGGGCCGAGUAUCGCAAUGGAUUCGGAAAAAUUGACUCGCAGGGAAAUGGCGAGUUUUGGCUCGGGAAUGAAAAUUUACAUCUAUUGACCAAUGAGGGCGAAACAAUGGUAAAAAUUGAGCUGGAAGAUUGGGAAGGGGGCGUGGCUAGCGCAGAGUAUAUGAUAAAAGUUGGUACGGAAGCAGAAGGAUUUCCGUUGCACGUUUCGGGAUAUACCGGAGACGCGGGGGAUGCGUUGGUAACACACAACGGAAUGAAAUUUAGCACAUACGAUCGAGAUAACGACAACGGGAAGGAAAACUGCGCAACGUCGUACGGAGGAGGCUGGUGGUACAAUCAGUGCCAAACGGCUAAUCUGAACGGCGUCUAUUACAAAGCAGCUAGCAAAGACGCGGAAAACGGAGUGAUAUGGUCGACGUUUAAGCCUCAAAACUACAGUCUGAAGAAAGCGAGAAUGUUCAUACGCGCCGCUACGUUUUAAAACAAAACAUUUAAACACAAAAGAGAUUUAAAUUACCGCUACAGAAAGUCAAAACCUCUUCGUAAACCGUACGUCGUUAUUAGUAUUAGUAUUUAUGUGAGUGUCAGCACCUCACGCAUUCACUGGUUUAGCUAUUUAAAAAUAUAAAAGUGUUAAAGGUUCACUGCGUAACUUUUUACUUUGUUAAUUCAAAAUGGUCGACUUCCAGAAGCCACACAAAUGCUAUAAAACAAAAGCUAAGUUAUUGUUAGCAUUUGCUAGUCAGGUAGCUAGAUGUAUGCUAAUAAUAUGGAAGUAAAAUGAUUGAUGUCACGGUUUAAAUCUUUUCAGAAACGUUUUCAGAAAAGUCUUUGGCUUCAUUUAAACUCCAAUGGAACGAGGUCUGUGUUAAACCUGGAAUAUUUUUUGUUACCAAACUGUUUUCUCAGGCAAAAGUCCAAAACUCAAAUAUUUGUAAAACUCCACUGACCUGUACUGCCCUGUUUGUUCUGAAACUGCCCUGGACUCGAUCAAUAAAGACUUUUUGUUCACUUCA